AUGACCCAGCGCCCAGCGUCAAAGACCGCAAAGCCAGCAGGGCCUCGCAAGCGCCGGCGAGAUUCGAGCGAUGACGAGGCGCGCAACAUGCCCGCGAAGAGGGCCGCGCGGAACCAGUUUGAGGAACGCGAAACUACCCUAGAGCAAGCCGAGCAGUAUCGCAUUUUGACGGCCAAGAUGCCCGUGGAGGCGCUCGCGGCGGACUGGAGCGAGGGACGGAACUGA